CCACCCCCUCUUCCCUCUCGCUGUCUCCCUUGGCCUGCGCUGCCGCCGACGCCGCUCGUGUGGGCCCGGUUCCGCUCCGCCACUUUCCUUCCCCAGAGUUGCCCGGCUGGCCAACAUGGCUAACGUGGCUGACACGAAGCUGUACGAUAUCCUGGGAGUUCCUCCUGGCGCCAGCGAGAACGAGCUGAAGAAGGCAUACAGAAAGUUAGCCAAGGAAUACCAUCCUGAUAAGAAUCCAAAUGCUGGAGACAAAUUUAAAGAAAUAAGCUUUGCUUAUGAAGUAUUGUCAAAUCCAGAGAAGCGAGAGUUGUAUGACAGAUAUGGAGAACAAGGUCUUCGGGAAGGUAGUGGCGGAGGUGGUGGCAUGGAUGAUAUUUUCUCUCACAUUUUUGGUGGAGGAUUGUUUGGCUUCAUGGGCAAUCAGAGUAGAAGUCGAAAUGGCAGAAGAAGAGGAGAGGACAUGAUGCAUCCACUGAAAGUGUCUUUAGAAGAUCUGUACAAUGGCAAGACAACCAAACUACAACUUAGCAAGAAUGUACUCUGUAGUGCAUGCAGUGGUCAAGGUGGGAAGUCUGGAGCGGUUCAGAAGUGUAGUGCUUGUCGGGGUCGAGGUGUACGCAUCAUGAUCCGACAGUUGGCUCCAGGAAUGGUACAACAGAUGCAGUCUGUGUGCUCUGAUUGUAAUGGAGAAGGAGAGGUAAUUAAUGAAAAGGACCGCUGUAAAAAGUGUGAGGGGAAGAAGGUGAUUAAAGAAGUCAAGAUUCUUGAAGUCCAUGUAGACAAAGGCAUGAAACAUGGACAGAGGAUUACCUUCACUGGGGAAGCAGAUCAGGCCCCAGGAGUGGAACCCGGGGACAUUGUUCUUUUGCUACAGGAGAAGGAACAUGAGGUGUUCCAAAGAGAUGGGAAUGACUUGCACAUGACAUAUAAGAUAGGACUUGUUGAAGCUUUAUGUGGCUUUCAGUUCACAUUUAAGCACCUUGAUGCACGUCAGAUUGUGGUGAGAUACCCCCCUGGCAAAGUAAUUGAACCAGGAUGUGUUCGUGUAGUUCGAGGUGAAGGAAUGCCUCAGUAUCGUAAUCCCUUUGAAAAAGGUGAUCUUUACAUAAAAUUUGAUGUGCAGUUUCCUGAAAACAACUGGAUCAACCCAGACAAGCUUUCUGAGUUAGAAGAUCUUCUGCCAUCUAGGCCAGAAGUUCCUAAUGUAAUUGGAGAAACCGAGGAGGUAGAGCUUCAGGAAUUUGAUAGCACUCGAGGCUCAGGAAGUGGUCAGCGGCGGGAAGCCUAUAAUGAUAGCUCUGAUGAAGAAAGCAGCAGCCAUCAUGGACCUGGAGUGCAGUGUGCCCAUCAGUAAACUGCAAACAAUUGCACAGGUGGAGUUUCUUUCCACAUUUGCGUGAUUUGUUCUCAGUAAUCCAGCUAUUGGAGUGUCUGAUCAAUCCAGAUGAACUGAUGGACAUCUGUUGGUCUAUGUGUAACUUUUAAAUUGGUAUAGUAUCUACAGAGUGUAUAAUUUAAACUAACCACAAAGCUUUACAUCUUCAUUUCAACUGUUCUGUAGCAGAAUAAAGCACUUGAAAGGAAACAAGACUCCCUUUCACACAUGGGUUAUAAGUUUCAGUCCUGGUAUCUAUGCUUGAUUUUUAUCAGUUUUGUGUAGAGUUUAUGUUUCAUACUUUAAAUUCAAAUCCCACAUUGUAAAGUUUGUACAAUUUGUCCUGAAGCUUUGUGUUUGGCUGCACCUGCAUAAGCUGCUACAAAUAGAAUAAAGAAUUUCAUAGCCUGUGUCUAUCAUUUAGGUGCAUGGAAAAAUGGGCUUUGCACACAAUGGGUUUGGAGCUGACUGGGAACAAUGGGAAAAAUUACAUUAGUGGUGGUUGUAAAUUUUUUUUAACCAUCUUGUGAAAGGUUUCAGAAAAUAAAAAGCAGUUGGUGUAAAUUAUUCUGUGUCACAUUUCUAGAAGGAAGAAUAUUUUGAAGUGUAGAAUGUAUCCUUAAACUGAAGAAUGUACCUUUAGUUCUGUUUUUUAAACAGCCCUUAAGAAACCCAUUGACCUGAAGCUAAUGCUCAGGCACCUGCCCAUUUUGUAGUUUUUAAAAGAUGCUAGAAACAGGCUUUAUUGACUUCAGUUGAUGCUUGAUAGGGUCAAGGAUAUCAUCUUAAGUUAUGAUUCAGAACUGCAUCUCCUCAUAUGCCUCUUUUUAAAAAUAAAGCAAAUCAGUAGUAGAACCAUGUUUGCAUAGAAUCUGUCAACAUGCUGUUUUCAUUAAAUGUUAAGUUUCAAAAGCUCUGUGUCCAUUAAGUUGAAUAUUUAAAGUUGGGGGGAACAUUAACUAUUAAUUUUGAUUUUUAAAAAAAUAAUGUUUUAUAGGAUAGGCUCAGGCUGGUAUGAGGAAUAAAUCAGGUAAAACUAUGAAAGGUUGUUCCUCAUCCAUCUUACUACCUUUUUACUCCUGAAGUAGAUCAUUUUAGAACAUAUUACUUGAGGGAAAAGGGGCAUAAGAUGUACCCUUUACAUGUGUAAAGGUACAAAUGUGGAAAACUGAAACCUAGUUUUUAAAAGUUAUGCCAUCUCUGAGCCUCAGUACAUUACUGUUAAUUUCUAGGUCUGUUAGAACCUAAGUAACAGAAGAUGUGCCGACAUUAAUCAAGACUAUGAGGUUUAAAUUAUUGCCCUUAUCCACUCUACCUCCAUUGUACAAAAACUUCUGCAACAAGCCUGGGCAAGAGUGAACAGCAUAAUACUUUGUAUCCAAGGUUACCUCCCCACAGCACUUUAAGCAGUAAGCAAUGCAGUGGCAAUAUAAACUUUGUAGCCUUUCCAAUAAAGGUUUAUGAAACAGUU